AUGUGCGUUGCGUGUGAUCGCUAUUUUUGUUGGAACCAUUUUUGUGAACAUCGUCGAUCUUUUGAGAGAUAUAUUGAUGAUGCUCUCACUCAUAAACAGCCUCUCUUGAAAUGUUUGGAAGAGUUUGAUCAAGUUGAAAAAGAACUUCAUUCGGCUAUUGAUAGUUGGGAGCGCAAUGAAGUUGCCGAUGUUCAUCGGUUAGCGCAGGAGAUCAGGAACGCGCUCGAUGCUCAUAUCAAUCAUUAUCGCUCCCAUUUCGAAGAAGAAUCGUCAAUUAUAACCAAUACUGAAUCAACAAAUGGAGAUGAUCAAUCAAUUCAAAUUGAAAAAUUACAAACUGAAUAUGGUCGUGCCUUGAAGAACAUACGUUUGACACCAGUUAAUGGUCGACGACCUAUGUUAGAGAUUCAAACAAUAAAUCCCAUAAGAGAACAAAUUUCAUUGCAAGACUCAUCGCCCAUCGUACCACAGCAAUGCGGCAUUUAUGAACCGCAGACAAUACUAGGCAAACGACUUAUCAAGGAGCCUUCAUCAGCAAUCGCUGUAGGUGGUUAUUGGGCCAUAGGUGGUUCGGACGAGUAUUUACUUGUACAAGAAUAUGAAAAUAACCAGUUGACAUUGUUCGAUCGAUAUGGCGCACGAAGCCUCUCAAUGACUUGGCAUUAUAAUGUAGUGGUAAGUGAUGGUAGCAUAUAUAGAUGAUAAACAAAAUAUUGUCACAGCAACAAUAGCCUGCCUAUUUCUUCUUCGUUAACGGACUUAUGCACACCAAAAUUAGGGAUUUGACGACAAAAAAGUGAAGCAUCAAUUUUCUGAUAGCUCGAAAGGUGCAUACACAAUUUUUUACAAUUGGGAAAGUGCACAUUUUUUUCAUUAAACACUGGUUUUUGCUAUGAAAAAAUCAGAUUUUUCUCAGAGUCGCGUUUGCACAUGCUCCUCCGCUAUGAUGAUAACACAUCACAUUCCAUGAUGUUCAACAUUACGGAAUUAGUUCCGCAUCCGGAAUCAAUUCCCUCCAAUUCUGAGAACUCAAUCAUUGUGCUACAAGAGAGGUCUAAUCGAUCUUGAUCGAGUUCGGGAAAUUUCUGGAAUUCCGGAUAUUAAAUUCAAACAAAAAUAAUGGGGAUUCUGGGAGUUCCUCCUAAUCCCGAAAUUUCUGAAACUGCUUCUAAUUCCGGAAAUCCGAAUAAUUCCGUCUGAACUCAUUUCACAGAACUCCAGGAAUUGGUGGAACUCGAUCAAUGUCGAUUAGUUUUGCGCUGUAGCAUGAUGAUCGGGUUCCCGGAAUUGGAUAGAACUGACUCCGAGGACGGAACUGGUUUCUCAAUGUUUAACAUUCCGGAAUAGCAUGACUAUUCGAUCAUUUACAUCUGCAUUUGACUCAGUUUGUCAUCUGCUUCUGCGAUGAUGUCGACAUUCCCAUUGAGUGAUAAUAAAAAAAAAUGUGAUAUCCAAACUUAGCAAUUCGCUUUCAAAAUGUAUCCUUUCUCAAUAUGGAUAGAACAAUUGAUUGGAGGCAAAACCUGCAAUGGAACCAAGGAGAAAACAGCGAGAUUCCAUCUAUUUGGAGUAGAUUCCAUCUACCCAAAAAAAAGUUGGAGUAUCAAUGAAAUUCGAGUGAAGUACGCACUCUUGGAGUUCUGCUUCCCCUCUUUCCUUCCCCCUUGGAAUCAUCGUAAAAUUUACGUUUCGUCUCACCUCUUUUAUUCAAUCUCCGGAUAGAAGAAAAAAGACAAAGUGUUCCGAAGAGAGUUUCGUAAAUGAAAUACAACAGAAAAAUCGGGUGUUCGGAAUGAAUUCCGACAAUAGAUUUUCAAAGGGUGAGCAGUGAAAUUUGACUGGAGAUCGGAAUGAGAAUGUCCGAAAGUUCUUAAUGGCCAAGACGUGGAGAUCGUAAUAAAAAUGACGAGAUAUUCGUAAGUAUGUUCAAGUGAGACUUAUAUUGUCAUUGAUGUGAUCAAUAAAUGAAGUCUAUUAUUGUCUAUAAAAACAGUCUUUAUAUCAAUACAAUCUUUUAGUAAAUUCUUUCAUGAACGCCCUGUCAAUGCCAUUCCAUUCUUCCGGUACGUCUCUGGAAGAAGAACCAGUAGACUUACACUCCGAACUCUCGACCUUGUUCAUUACGAUCUCCAGGCGUUACAUUAGAUAUAGCAAGAAGUAUUCUAUUCCGAACAUCCAGUCAGGCCAUCCUGAUUUGCUUGAUUUCUAUUAUGAUCUCCCGUACAAAGGUGUUUACGAACUACCGGCAUAAAUUUUUUCCGAUAAAAAUAAUAUCCGAAUACCCGGUCACAUGUCCCGGUGUUCGGAACACCUGAGACGAAACGUAGUUCACCCGAAUUAUCUCGUUUUGAUUUCAGUAAUUUUAUUGAAAGGAAAUCGACAGUAAUCGAAACAAUUGUUUUUGCUGAAACCACAUUGAGGAAGGUUGAAGUAUCAUUAAAAAAAAUGUAAAUCUCCACAUAGAUUCGUGACAUCCAGUGGAAUCAUUAUCUACGUCAAUUUUUUCUUUUACUCGACAAAAAACUCAUGGUUUUCGAUCCAAUCACAAAACAUUUUCAGAACAUUACUCAAAUAACACCGUAUCAGGCCAAUCGUUUUCGCCGAUGUGCCUACCUGAAUGAUCGUCUCUUCAUUGUAUAUUGGGGGAUGGAGAGUACGAUCGAUCUGUUCCAGAUUAGUUCUUGGAGUUUGCAGCAGCGAUGGUUGAGUCCUGUAACGUGUCAUCCAAACGAAUGCAUUACCUGCAUUCGACUCAGUUCAAAUGAACAACUCGCUUUGAGCAUUCAAGAUGAAAACAAUCCGACCAGUCGCCAAUUUCGUAUCGAACUUCGUGAUAUCACCCUUAAUAUUUUACAUAUUCUUCCGCUUCAUGCGGAUGACGGCAUUUUCUCACGUAUGACACCGCUAACCGAUGGUUGUUGGGCUGUGCUGAAUGUAGAUACAAAUCGUAUUUAUAUUGUCAGUGAACGUGGUGCAUUGAUCGAUAAAAUUGACGGUCAUUAUGAGAAACUCCAUAAUAUCGCUUUGAUCGGCGAGAGCAUCGUUGUAAUUCGUGCCGACAAGACGCUUUUCUUCUAUGAUGUGCAAUUCCACGAAGAAUGAGAAAGUCAAUAAUCAAUAACUAUGAUGAAGUGAAACUUAAUUCUUUGCACAAAUAGUUUCUCACUGCGUUUCGAUUAUACUAUACUUACUAUUAUUCUAUACUGAACCAUAUAUAUUAUAGCUAAUUCCUUACAUUUAUACUUGACCACUUAUUUCUAUAUCUAAGCUCUUCUUUGUAUAAGAACUCCUCCUUUUUAAUAUCUUAUCCAUUAUUUCUAUGUGAAUCAGCUUAUUUCUAUAUCCAACCUAUUACUUCUGUAUGUGCCCUCUAUGCUUUCACGUGGCUCCUUCUUCAUAUGACGAAUUCGUUCUUUUUAUGUACUGUAUCGUGGACCUACGUCUCACUUGAUAAAUCUAUAUUGAACUCCUAGAUGAGGAAUAUAAAUCUUGCGGAUGAUGGUGAGGGUGUGACGCAAGAGUAGGCCCUCGUCCUCACUCUCACCUCUCGAUUAAUCAAUAGGCCGAAGAACGUAUCUCCUCUUCUUUAUUACAUAAUCAUGUAAAAAAUACGCUUUCCGUUUAUAAUAAAAAAAGAAUAUAGAUUCCAGCAAUUUUUUAAAGUUUUCCCCAACAAUUGCAACUCGUAUUGACUGGACAUUCCGCAUGUUCCCAGAGCAAGUGAAUUUGCACCAAAGUUCAGCAUGGGGUUUUCUUCUUUCUUUCUCAUGGAAAAACACACGGUUUUUCUAUUGAAAUACUGAUUCGAAGCACUUUAUACGAACAGUGAAUAAUAGAACUUAUGAGACUUUUAUUGCUGGUCUUUUUCAUAACAAUUAAGGUUUUUUCUUAUCUUCCUAUUCUAUUUUUUGUGGAAUUCACAUAUAAAAAUGUGAGUGUAAGGGUGUGGGUGUGGGUGUGGGUGUGGGUGUGGGUGUGGGUGUGGGU